AUGGCUUCCGGUGAAAACUCCGAAGGCACGAGCCAGAGCAACGGGCUUGCCGUAAGGAGCCUCAGCGCUGAGGGCAGGGAGCCAAAGAAGCUCAUCCUCUGCUUCGAUGGCACCGGCAACGCAUUCACCGGGUCCAAUGCCGAUACCAAUGUUGUUAAGCUCUUACAAAAGCUGGAUCGAAAUGCCCCCAAUCAGUAUCAUUACUAUCAAACCGGAAUCGGUACCUACGACGUCAACGAAACUUCUGUAAACAAAUCAUGGUUUGGUCAGUUGAAGAGUUCCAUGUCUCAAACCAUCGAUCAAGGUAUUGGCACCACGUUCGAUGCACAUGUUAUGGCCGGCUACCGCUUUCUGAUGCGUUACUACGAUCCUGGCGACAGAAUUUACAUGUUCGGAUUCAGCCGUGGCGCCUUCACAGCCAAGUUCCUCGCACGUAUGAUUCACACCGUGGGACUCCUCUGCAAGGGCAACGAGGAGAUGGUCCCCUUCGCAUUCCGCCUCUACCAGCGCUACCUCGCCGGGGAGACGGAAGACUUCUUAGUAGCGCAUCCCAAGGGGAGAAGAACGCCCCAACCGGGCGAACCCCCCCAUAAGAUUGGAACCGACGCCAACCCUGUGCUUGACGGCCACGCCCACCACGACGAUGGGAAUCAACCCCGCCACGGACGCAGAUUCGGCCGGGCCCGCGACGAAAUCACGGCUUUCAGCAACACUUUCUGCCGCAACGAAGAGGUCAUGCACUGCGGAGUCGUCGAACAGACGAACAUCAAGGUGUACUUCCUCGGCAUCUGGGACUGCGUCAACUCUGUCGCCGUCUUGGAGAAAGAAGCCCCCGUUCCUGUCCCUGUCAAGGGCACGGCGCAUUUUGUCCGCCACGCCGUCGCUGUUGAUGAGCGCCGUGUCAAGUUCAAGCCGGCCCUCCUCGCUCAGGAUAUCCGAGGGUCGGAUCACAACGAUGAGGAUAUCAAAGAGGUUUGGUUCCCCGGCUGCCAUGGCGAUGUCGGUGGUGGUUGGCCUGCCUCGGAAGACAACCCCCUGGAUACCAAGAAGAAUAUGAGCUUCUGGCAGCGCAUUACGAACUUUUGGACGUCGAGGAAGGCCACGGCUCCCAGCAGGGAUAUCCGACGGGACCCUUUCCAGCUGAGCGAUAUCCCCCUGGCUUGGAUGAUCCGUGAGCUCGAGCUCGUGGGUGAACUGGACCCUGCAGGUGCAGUCAAGUGGUGCAAGAGCGUCAAUGGAUUCAAGCGGCGGUUUCAGAAGAGGAAAGAGCAGGCUCUCAGAGGUGCUCUGCACGAUUCUCUUACCUUUGGUCAGGGUACGGGCUUCUUCAAGGUGUUGUUCUGGAAAUGGAUGGGUAAGUCGAAGCAUCCGUGGAGAAGUCCCGUGGCUGUCUCCGUCUCCCUUAGGCUUUGCACUUUAUUAGGUCUAGAAUGGCUGCCCACUAUCACUCGGUGGGAGCUCGAGAACAACGAAUGGGUAAAUGUCCGUUUCCCACUAAACAAAGGCCACGCCCGCGAUAUACCGACCGACGCAGUCCUGCACGAGUCCCUUAUCUGGCGGCUAAAGAAUGACCCCGCCUACGGGCCCCUGAAUAACCAUGGCGGACGGCUGCCCCCUUGUCUCAAGAAUAAGGACUGCGUAUCCGAAUUUGAGCCUGCUCUGGACAUUAAGGGACAGAGUGACCCUGACCACCAAGUCUAUCAAUUUGCCAGUGCAGUUCAAGACCGCAUAAACGGUAAUUAA